UAAAAGAAAUUUCCAAUAUGGCGGACAGAAUAACACAGAUUCAAGAUGCUUUAAAUCAGCUUGCUGAUCAGUUCUGCAACAGCAUUGGGAUACUUCAACAAAGUCGAUGCCAUAGUUUACUGCUAGUUUCUGGCAUUUUAUCACAUUCUCUUUCAGUAGAGCUUUURUUUCCGCAUGUAAAUGUACUUCACCAAGGAGGAGGAUUAGUUAGGAUUAGUGUUAAACUAUGCAUAAUGAUUCCUGAAUUUUUAUUUGCAAUUUCAGAGACAAGUGGUAAUGACAAAAAUGCCCAACCAGAAGGACAUGAUGCUUUAUUUGCAACCCUUAUUGCAAGAACAGCAAAAGACAUUGAUUAUCUAAUAGACUCAUUACCAAGUGAAGAUUGCUCUCCUGAAUUGCAGGCAGCAAGCUUGCAAAAAUUGGAAGCUGAAAACCAAGAAGCAGGUAGAAAACUUGAAGAUGUUGUCAGAAAGGGAGAAAAGUUGUUAGAACUCAUUCAGAGAGCACUAGAUGAGAUUGCAGAGUCAAAACUUUCAUUGACGCAUGACAGUUGACACAUCUUGCAAGAAAUAUCUACAUGGUAAGAAGUGGUUCUACAGAGGGCAGUGUUAGCUAAAAGAGACUUCAACAUUGACUGCAAACUGCAACUCAAGUCAGCUCAAGCCUUGAUGGCACCCCCACUGGCAACUUCUGAUAAAAUACAGUUUUUUCUCCAUUCAACACACACAAAGGGCUCGUAAAAACURGAUUCUAGUAGAGAAAGUUGGCGCAAGUUUGACCAUAAAAACAAUGAAGAAAUGGSUGAACAGCUUCUGUUCAUCUCAGACUGUAUUUUUAUCAAAACGACCUCUCAAAAUAUUGCGARAAAAAACAUAUCUUCAAAAGAAAUGAAAAAGAAGUUGUACUUUGAAACAAGAUUAAUUUAUUUUCACUACAGUUAGUCAAAUCACAUUACAGCAUUCCUUGCUUUGGAAUUUCAUAUGGAAUAUUUUCAUAUGAAAUAUUUUCAUAUAUGAUAUGAAAUAUUUUCAUAUCAAUAAAUUAAUGUGCCACGACCAUCAGACUAUCGCACAUYGUGGCAUAUAUCAAGUUCAAAAUUGCAUCCAACAGCUAUACGAUUGCAUUUGAUAUCAAGGAAUGAAGAGCUUGAAAUGUUUUGUGGGUAGAAAAUGUUGCACGACAAAUCUAUCAAGUACGAUGCAAUGAUUUCUGUGUUGAGUUUUCAAUAGAAUAUUGUAUUAGUUGCUUUAGAAAUUACAGAUAGCACCUUUAUUUUAACAUCUUCGUAUUUGAAUACCGGUCCUGUAUACGUAGGUUUGUAUAACUCUGAUUUGAAUAUCAAUUCAAUAUCUGAA